AUUUCAUUCACCUCCUGAUCAAAGAUGGAUAUUCAAAUCUCAGCUUUUCUUCUGUUCGUUCUUUUCACUGCAGGACACUCUCUCAGCUGCUAUCAGUGCAGGAAUGAGACGAGUUCUUGUGCGGAUCCUGAGAUGAAAACAUGUCCCAGUGGAUAUUCCAAGUGCAUGAAUGUAACAACAGUAUGGAAAGUUGGUGCAACUAAAGUGAAUGGUAGAUAUUGUGCUGGUAACUGUACAAGUGGGUCGAUGAACUACGGGUUUGCACAGGUUUCUUAUUCCUGCUGUGACACUGACCUUUGUAACGUCACAUAUGCUCCAGAUCCCAGCACUAACACUACCAGUGGAAAGAAAUGUUACUAUUGUGAUGGUCAGAACUGCUCAAACACAGUGAACUGUUCAGGGAGUGAAGACUAUUGCAUUUCAGUGGCAGUGAAUUACAACAAACCAUGGCUUCUAAAAGGCUGUGUCUCUAAAUCUAUUUGUGAUUAUGCCAACAUAUCUUUUAGUAGUGUUUAUGGCAUCUCAUGUUGUGAGGGGGACUUGUGUAAUGGCGUUUAUAAUGUCACCCAGAACAUCACCCAGAACGUCACCCAGAAUGUCAUCCAGAAUUAUAUACAGAACAUCAUUCAAAACAUCAUCCAGAACUCAAUCCAGAACGUCCCCCAGAGCGUCACUCAGAGCGUCCCCCAGAAUGUCUCUCAAAACGUCACUCAAAACUUCACUCAGAGCGUCACUCAGAGCGUCCCCCAGAAUGUCUCUCAAAACGUCCCUCAAAACGUCACUCAGAGCGUCACUCAGAAAGUCCCCCAGAGUAGUAACAGUGCUAAGAGUAUCACCCAGGGCUUCAUGUUAUUAUUGAUUGUUAACUUAAUUAAGUAAACAAUAAAUAAUAAAAUAACAAAGAAGCAAAUUUCGAGCAGUAGGAUAAAUAUAGACUAUUACUAUUACUAAUAGAUCACUAUGUCUGUUGUUGAUUGGUAGACGCAUAUUUUCUUAUGACGUGUGUGCAUGAAAAAAAAAUUGGAAAGUGAUAAAACAGUUUGCUUUUGCUAGAUUUGUGUGUUAGUGUGUGUGUGUGUGUGGUUUUGUGUCUAGCAUUAUGGGACAAUUGUGUGGAGCUAAUUUUGUGCCAAUAUUCAUCAAACAAAUCCAGCGUUUUGCAAAUAAACACAAUUAGUUUUGCAAAGAAAAACUCGCCCUUUCAAAUAAAUGCAAAGUGAUUUGCAAAUACAAAACUCUAUUUGAGAGAAAAUGCUGGAUUUGUUAGAUGAAUAAUGGCAUAAAAUUAGCUACAUACAACCGGCCAAAGAUUAAGAAAACAUGUCUAACCAUAUAUAUGAGUGAUAUGUAUAAUUGUAAUUAUUUUCACCCCCACAAACGGUUAGACAUGUUUGCUUAAUCUUUGGCCAAUUGUCCCAUAACUCUAGACACAAAAUCAAACACUCUGUAACUCACAACUCCUAAUAUUUACAUUGAAGACAUUAAUAAUCAUUCAGUGUGACUUCUCAUAUACAUAGACCAAGAGUGUAGUAUGUAAUAUUGACAGCUAGUGGUUUAAAUGAGGACUGCAAUCCAAGUUCAAAAUAUCUCUUUCAAGUGUAGAAAUGGGAAAAAUAUACUGUAAUUUCCCUACUGUAUUGUAAAACAAAAUAAUAUACAGUGCAGUUGUUUUGCAAUUUAAUGCUAUUACUGACAAAGGAAUGAUAGAAAUAAAAUUUAAUAAUUAUUAUAUUCUAAUUUGUGUGGAUUCCUAAAACACCAAAGUGAAUGUAAUGUAGUCUGAGACAGUAUAUCAUUUUGAAGUGAUAGGGUGUCCACUGUUUCCAGAUGUCUGGACGCCGGUUCCAUAGGGUGCUCCAUCUCUGAGUCAGUAGAUCUUUCCUCAGAGGAAUCUGCCAGGGAGGGGCUGUCGUGAGGAGCACGUUUCUGGAAUGGAAAACAGGUCUACCUGAGUGGCUCCGAAACGUCUCCAAAUCAGCUGGACCAUCUGGGGAUGGAGUUACCAUUCUCCCAUUCUGUCUGUUCGGCCGAAUACAACUCCAUAAUGAGAAAAGAGAUCCUCUGCAUCUGGGAGAGUUUGCUCUUUUCCCAGUUGACACCAGGUCCCUGUGCUCACACAACUGAUCCCUAGACUGUGAUAGUAUAAGCCAGUCGUCAAGACCCCUCCCCCCUUUUGUGUUAUUUAAUUACUCUUAUUAUUAUGACCAUAAUUGUUCUACUUACUGUAUCCAUUGUUGUUGGUCUUUUUUUGCUGUUUUUUUUUUUUUUACUUUUUGUUUAUACAUAUUUUUUCUAUCCUGUGUAUAAAUAUCAAAACUAAUAAAAAGACAAUAAAAAAUGCCGGGCAUAGCCAAGGCUGAUGGUCUGCAGAGGCCAGCGAGAUGGGCCCCAGGUACCGUGCAAGCAGGAUCAGAGGAACCACCACUGUACCUGGAAUGGGGCAGCAAGGUGGAAUGCAGGGACCCAACUUGGGUGGCUUGUGAGCAGACUGAAGAAGGGUCGGAGUGUGCGGUGCACUGCUUACCUGGUUCCACAAGAUGGCAGAGGGUACAUGAUUAUGGCCUUUGUUAACAUUCUUGAACCGUCCGCUGCUGUCUACCGGCAAUGGAAAAGGAUGACUGUAGUCCGUUUGCAACUUUUCAUCCCCUCCCAGGAUCCAGGGACAGAGAAAACCGCUCUCUUAUUGAGAUUUUCCAGAUUCUCUACCUGGCCCUCCUACUCCAGGGGAGGGAUUGGUGCCUUCACCAUCCUCCAAAGAGCAGCUUCCUCCCUCUCUGGAUCGCCUCCUCCAGGGGAGGGAUUGGUGCCUCCACCAUCCUCCAAAGAGCAGCUUCCUCCCUCUCUGGAUUGCCUCCUCCAGGGGAGGGAUAGGUGCCUUCACCAUCCUACAAAGAGCAGCUUCCUCCCUCUCUGGAGCCUCUUGCUCUUCCACCCACCGCCAGGUUUGAAGGGGGCUAGGAGGGGUGGGGCGGCCUGCCUACGUCCAGCUCCAUGGUGCUGCUUGCUUGAGACUGCUGCGGAUGCAGCGCAGGGGCAAACACCGGUCUGGGACACGGGGGCAUUAAGGAACUGAACUUUGUCGGGAUCCCUCAUAUUGACCAGACACAACCAGAAAUGGCACUACUGGACCACAAGUGUAGAGAUUUGCAUGACCCAGAGAACUCGUGGUGACCUUUAUUGCUCGAAGCACGAGGUUAGUAGAGAUUAAGAGCUCUUUCAGAUCUUCCAGAUCAUGACCACCCUCGUGCAGGUCCUUCAGUGCCUUGGCCUAACGUACCUGCAGUAACACCGUUGUGUAUAUGGCAGAGGCAACUUUUCUACAGCCAUCCCCGGACAGGCCAGACGAGUACCUACAGACCCAGGAAGGGAGGCAUGUUUUGCCCGGUCAGGUGGAGGCAGUGUUAAGAUACCCCCAUGUACUCCCAAGCUGCACCACUGUUGAGGGUAAUGAGAGAGGAGAAACCAACAGAUCGGUGUCUGUCAGUAAAAGGGACCAUCCAUGACCUGGUGAGCUUCUCAUGCACCUCCAGGAAGAAAGGCACUAAGACAAGGUGCUGAGAACCAGAGCGAGCCACCCCAAGAAACUAGUCGUCCAACCUAGAAGGCUCAGGACAUCUGGUGGAGGUUUCCACUCAAUACCUACCUCUCUCAGCAGCCCGAAAAAGCAUAGCCAACAUCUCCGGAUUUGAUUCAGGCCUUGGGGGGCAGCUGUGCUGGUAUUCUCUUUGGAGAGGGCCCAACACAUUCUUUUUACGACUCAACUGGUUGCAAAGUGCUAGAGGAGUGAUGGUCCCCCGAGGGUUGGUUCCGUGAAGGGUUUGACACCACUGUAACCCUCAAACCAACCGUGCUACUGCUGGCAGAGAUGGUCAUCUUCAUGUAAUGGAAACAUGACUCAUCUGCAAACACCACUUCAGCGUGUUUAAUGCCAAGUCACGCAAGGCAGAGAUCAUGACCAUCACCUAUUGCCAGGUAAUGACCAUCUUUAAAAAGACCAUCUGUUGUCUCUACAAAGAAGCACCUGUGUAUGCUCUUUUAGAGAAAUAGGCUCUUUCAGGGAAAAGCUAUUUUAGUUCCUAAGACGCACAGUGGAAAUUACCAUUUGCAGGACAAUGGGGUAGUGUAGCCUAAAGUGCGCGACCCACUUGACACAGGAAUGACCACCGCUGAAGCGCUAUCCACCAACAUAAGAAGCUCCCUAGAGUGCACUGAAAUGAUCACACAUGACGCAGUUUGGUAGGAGAAAAAUGAUGUUGUCACUCGGCUCUGAAGCGAAAACUUGGUAUGCGUUGCACCUGCUGCUUUUUCAUGCUCACACUGUGAUCAGCAGCAGCUGGAU